UUCUCCCCCUUCUACAGUUGAGAGUACUCUUUAGUCCCUUCUGAAAUAUUUUAUACACACCGAUUAUAUCGUGCACCCAACUAAUUGAGCGGAUUGGAUCUGCGGGUCGAUAAAAAAUCAAAAAGAGAAAAUAUGAGAAGUAUAUAAUUGUCUCCAUUUUAUUGAAUGAAAAGACAAAUUUAACCCUUUGAUAUACAUGUAUUUACCCAAUACUGAAUUAUUAGUUAUUACUGAUUAAUGCAAAAUCAAUUUCUAUCAUAGACAAAAUUAUCAGUCACCAGCAACACCAAACUCCAGUUGUCUGCAGCAUCAACGGUUUGAUCAUCUUUCCUAAAUGGCAUCAGCAGCCUCUAUAGCCUUUAUGUCAUAUUCAGAUUGCUGCCAGGGUAUCCAGCUACAAAAGGGCAGAUUUCCAAUUGCAUAUGAAAGUCAGGGAGCAUCUCUACUGCCAGCCUUGUCUUUCCUGUCUCUACACCAUCGAAAUCACCAGCGAAAUCACAUAGGGCUUCUCAGAGCUACACGACGCCCUCCGGUAGUCUGUGCACGCCACCCCAAGACUGCAACAGUAACACAGAAGUCAUGGGACAAACUGGUUUUGAAAAAUGAAUCUCCUGUUCUUGUUGAGUUCUACGCGAGUUGGUGCGGGCCCUGUCAGAUGGUUCACCGAGUUAUCGAUGAAAUUGCUGUGGAAUACAAGGGGAGACUCGAUUGCUUUGUACUCAACACGGACAAUGAUUUGGAAAUCGCAGAAGAACAUGAUAUUAAAGCUGUUCCAGUUGUGCUUCUGUUCAAAAAUGGAAUGAAACAAGAUAGUGUCAUCGGCACCAUGCCAAAGGAAUUCUACAUGGCUGCCAUUGAGAAAAUGUUGGCUUCUUAACUUCUGAAGAAAAUGUGAACAUCCUUUUGGUGAUGUUCAUGAAAUUAUAGGCAUUAACCUGUAUACAAUAGGUGUGCUGUAUUUUGUAUACAACACGCAUAAAAUCGUAUAGAAGUCAACUUUGCAAAGGGGUGAUUUUUAUAUGAUUUGGAGUGAGCAGUGACCAAGAUUGUAGUAUAUUAUACACCCAUAGUAUACAAGACUUGUUCAUACGAGUGUGGCGAUGUGGGAUCAAAGUUGUCAAUUUGUUCAUGCCCGAUUGGGCCAAGUCCUUCAUAUUGUGAAUAAUUUUUUUAUUUUUUAAUGGAAGUAGACUGUAUAAAUUUGUUCCUUCAUAUAUUAAAUAUAUUUGU